GGCAGUGUUAAAGAAGGGAGCGGUCGAAAGAAAGAUGACACUAGAACAAGCACAAGAAGAACCCAAAAAGGAGGUAAAAAAGGCACCACCUCCACCAGCCCCAAAGCCAAAAGAUGAGCGAAGCCUACAUUUAUCUGGCCAUGUUGGAUUUGAUAGUCUGCCAGACCAACUGGUCAACAAAUCUGUUGCCCAGGGUUUCUGCUUUAAUAUCCUGUGUAUUGGUGAAACAGGACUUGGUAAGUCGACCAUGAUGGAUACCCUAUUCAACACACAUUUUGAAAGCACACCUACACGACACGAUUUACCUGGUGUUGAGAUCAGCAGCAAGACACAUGAGCUUCAGGAAAGCAAUGUACGACUGAAGUUGACUAUCGUGGACACGGUAGGCUUUGGAGAUCAAAUCAAUAAAGAAGAGAGUUACAAGCCAAUUGUUGAUUUUAUUGACCAACAAUUUGAGAAUUACCUCCAAGAGGAAUUGAAAAUCCGUCGCUCAAUUCAUUUGUACCACGACACACGAAUCCAUGCCUGCCUCUACUUCAUCGCCCCUACUGGACAUGGACUUAAGUCUCUGGACUUGGUCACUAUGAAGAAAUUAGACAGUAAAGUGAAUAUCAUCCCGGUCAUAGCCAAGGCGGAUACAAUCUCCAAAAGUGAACUUCAUAAAUUUAAGAUCAAGAUUAUGAGUGAACUUGUAACAAAUGGCGUACAAAUCUACCAAUUUCCAACUGACGAUGAAGCAGUCUCAGGACUGAACACAACAAUGAACGGUCAUCUUCCAUUUGCUGUGGUAGGCAGCACAGAGGAGAUCAAAUUAGGAAACAAGAUGGUGCGUGGGCGCCAAUACCCCUGGGGAACCGUACUAGUGGAGAAUGAAAAUCAUUGUGAUUUUGUGAAGUUGCGGGAGAUGCUGAUAAGGACCAAUAUGGAAGAUCUGAUUGAAGUGACUCAUACAAGUCACUAUGAACUAUACCGCUGCUGCAAGCUGGAGGAAAUGGGAUUCCAAGACAAAGGGCCAGGAAACAAACCAGUCAGCUUACAAGAAACCUACGAAACCAAACGUGUACAGCAUUUGCAUGACUUACAAAAGAGAGAGGAUGAUAUGAGACACAUCUUUGUACAGAAAGUUAAGGAGAAAGAAGCACAGCUCAAACAGCAAGAGAAAGAGUUGCAUGAUCAGUAUGAGAAAUUGAAGAAGCAACAUGCAGAAGAGAAGAAAAAGUUGGAGGACAGUAAAAGAGAAUUAGAGGAGGAAAUUAACCAGUUCAACAAACAGAAGCAGAUACAUGCUGAAGAAUUGGCUGCCCAAACCACUACACUGAAGGGCAAGAAAAAGUAAACCACCAACAUCGAUAAACUGUCCUUCUGUGCAACAUUAACAAUAUCUCACUCUUGGAAAUAAGAGAGCAUAGCCCUAAACCAGUUAGAACUGGUCACAGCCCAAUCUAAUUUGUUCUCACCGGUUUGAAAUGGUUGUCUCCAAAUCUAGAUUGUUCUCACUAUUUUUCACCAAAUCCAGUCUGUUCCAUCCAACCAUUUUCUCCUUUGGUUUGUAUUUUUAUAAUUAUUGCUAUCAUUGUUUUGUAUUAUAAAGACAUGUUCAAACAUGUCUAAUUUUUAUUUUUUGUAAUGUCAAAUUCAAUUAUAUAGUUUGCAUUAUAUAUACAAUUGACUGGUUAACAUUCAGGUAUUUUAGCUUCUAUAUUUUUGCACCUUCCUCAAUAAACAUUGUUGAAAGGCGUUGUAAUAAAAUCAUUAUGGGUACCGGGUAGUGUACUGUUACAUAACCUUUGAGGGUUAGUUAAAAAAACGAAUACAACAAUUAUAGGACAUUAUAGGACAUUAUAUUUAAUAAUAUCAUUAAGAAGGGGUGUAACAUGCUGGGGUGUGGAGAGGAGGUACAAUCUUGUAUUAUCCCCUAAAUAUAUAACAGGUAAUUAACAUCCAUAUAUUUUAAAAUCAAAAUUAUUUAUUUAGCCAACUUUUAUUUAUCCAAAAACAGUAAUAUGUGUGUUAUUUGAUUGAUAAUAAUGUAGCACUUCCUGAGCUAAAAAUUAAAGUUAAAUUUAGAAUUUUGUAAAUAGAGGACCACAACAAUUACCUGACUUUACCAAACCUGUUUUUUGUAGUUUUUGAACAGUCAUUUUUCAUCUCUAAGUAAUUCCACUACUUUUUCCCGAUGUGGACAGCUGCGUUUCUUCCUAUCCUUUAUAGCAAUGUGUGUAGUUUGUAUAUUCAUAAUAGUUAAAGCUUUGAUUUUUGCUUCCUUGGAAAUGUAGCUGAUAAUUUCCUCCUAUUUAGUGUUUGUAUAAUUAGCUAAUUAGGUGUGAACUUUGGCUUUAGUAAGUGCUCAGUUUUGUGUAAAAUUUACAAAAACAAAAACCAAGUGAUUGUCAAACAUUCAUGACAUCACAAAUUGUUUUAUGACAUCACAGUUAUGUUUGAUGAUAUCAUUAUGCUUGGUGACAUCAUAGUUAUGCAUCAAAUUAGAUGAUAUCACAGCUAUCAUUUUUUUUUAAAUUUCCUUGGUGCCAAAUAUUUUUGAAUGCAAAUUGGUUAACAUAUUUAUUAUCUCUGAUGAUAUGAAAUUACAUCAGUCAUCAUGUCUGAUGACACCACAGUCUCAUUUGUUAUUUUAUCAUAGUAUCAUAGUUACAGUACGUUUGAUGAAAUCAGUUAUGAUUAUUUUCUUUAAAAUGCAAAAAAAUAUAUAUAUAAAUAGCAUUAGAUGAUUAAACAACAUUUUUCAACAGAUACAAUAUUUAUUACUAGAAUGAUUCUCAGUUAUUCUUACUCUUAAGUAAUUUUAAUUUAAUAUAUUUAAAUUUGUAUGUAAUAAGCUAACAACUAAUUAUUAUUUUAGCAAAAAAAAAAGUCAACUGAAGUAGAUUAAAAUAAAAUGCAACUGCAAAAAAAAAAAAGCAGAAUAAGUUUAAUGCUAAUUUGUAUAAGUAUGUACUUUGUUUUAACUGGACAUAUAUUAACUAAAUAUUGUCUAUAUUUAUUAUUAAAAUGUACUGUACUGUAUAUGCAUUACUACAUCUGUCCUUCAAACUAAUUUGUCAUAAAAAUCUUUAUUAAAAACACUUUUAUAAACAUUUGAACAUGCAUUGGAAAUUAUUGUCCGCCAUCCAAAAAAUUUCAGGUAGUCUUAAGCGCUUUUAGUAGAUGUGUUAUGUAAAUCGUUAUUUCUAAUAAAAUAUAGCCCAUCA